GUGAAAAAUGAAAGUUGCUAUCGUUGGACAUUCUUUCGUGCGAAGAUUGGAAGAAUUUUCACGAGAUAUUAAAGAACCUGUGCAUCCAGAACAUGAAAUAUCAUUCCACGGGAAAGGUGGCUCCAAGUUGGAUAAUAUUUUUGGAUUGAUAAAUGAACUACCAAAGGAAACUAAACUGGUCUUUAUACAGAGUGGUGGGAAUGACCUGAGUCCACAUACUAGCGCCAAUGAUGUCGCUAAAAAAAUGCUGAAAGUUGCAGAAAGAAUUAUUCAAGUUCGCGAGAUUCCAGUAAUCGUCGGAACUGUUUUUAUUCGUCCAAACCCGCGAUAUCAAACUCCGGAAGAUUAUGAUAAAAUGCGAAUAAAAAUCAACAAGGAAUUUCGAGGCAUGGUUCAACAUAAACGUAAAAUUGUUGUUGGAUGUCACGAAAAGUUUUUUCGUAAACUACGUUGCUCGUAUAUGCUAGAAGAUGGCGUCCACUUAAAUCCUGUAGGUCAAAAGGCAUUUAUGUUUUUUAUUAGAAAGAAAAUUAAUGGUGCUUUACAGAAAUUCUAUAAUCUACAUGGUCCACAUUUUAAAAUUAGGCCAUCCCAAGUUUCCAAAAAUAAGAAAGAGCUCAUGAAGCUGCAAGGAUCUUAUACAUCCCCUGGAACUAACAAACGAAGGAGGCAUGUUUAAGGAUCUGGAAACUGUUUCAAAGUAUACUACCUCUUAAAAAAGACAUAAACUUUAAAGUCAAAAACUUGGUCAAUGAGAGUAUAUAUUCAUCAGUAAGACUUACCAGGUACCAUGACUAAAGAAUAGAAUCUCUAUAUAAGAUGAUAUAUCUAUUAAACUAAAUAAUUAUUGAAAUACACUUCUUAGCAUGUUUCAAAAUUACUUAGUUUAAUGGAUUAUUACUUAGUUUUAUAGAUUUAUUAGAUUAUAUAGAUAUUCUAUUCUCUAGACAUGGUACGUGGUAAAUCCAACUGAUGAAUAUAUACUCUUAUUGACCAAGUUUGAAACUAUCAAUUUUAUGUCCAUUCUAAGAGGUAGUGUACCUUUAAGAAUAUGCUUAAGGAAAUGUCCAACAGCUUUAGAUGGUGCACUUAUUUUCACUGAUUCCACUGAUCAAAAGAUUAGGAAACUUACUAUUUUAGUCUGUUUAAAAGAUUUAAAAAUCUUCAGUUAUAAAUUUAUUUAUUGAUAUUGAGACGUAAUGAAAUGUUUAUUUUUUCUUGUUUACGAUUACAAAUUUG